CCGUCAACCCAGCAGAUGGCGGUGUAGGUUCACUCGGAAGCGCUUUCUCUUGCUCUACACGGGACUUGUGGUUCUUUCGUGUUCCCACCUCCUAACCAAACGAGCUCCUUCAAAGUAUUCUCAUCGGGCCAACCCAAUCAAGAACAUUAAGCUAAACAGUAGGGACGUGGAAGAUGAGGAGAGGAAAUCCAGGCCACGACGAGCAACUGGAAAACAAAAGAGAAUGAGGUGUCCUCCAGACGUCACUAUUAAAGACCUUCAUCCUAAGAAGCAAGAUCCACUCCAUGUUAAACAGGAGGAGUUGGAGAUGCCGUACAUUAAACAGGAGGAGGAGCCAGAGACCCCCAGCAUUACAGAAGGGCAAGAUGAAAUCCCCAAGUUUCCAAUGAUUGUCAGUGUAAAGAGUGAAGACGACGAAGGUCCAAGCAAAGAGAGCAGAGCAGCAAAACCUGCGAGCGACAGCUACUUUCAACACCUGACAGCAAAAGGAGGGGGACAAUCGCAACCUGAAGACGUCAUGGUGGAAGACCUUCACCCGGAGAAGCAUGUUCCACCCAAUGUUAAACAGGAGGAGUCGGAGAUGCCGUGCAUCAAACAGGAGGCUGAGCCAGAGACCCCCAGUGUUAAAGAAGAACAGGAAGAUGAAAUCCCCAAGUUUCCAACGACUGUUAGUGUGAAGAGUGAAGAAGAUGAAGGUCCAAGUAAAGAGAGCAGAGCAGCGAAACUAGCAAGCAGUAGCUUGUUUCAACACCUGCCAGCUAAAGUGUCACUAUGGGUCAUGGGGAGGGAUGGCCGCUUGAGGACAGCCCAGCUAUCCCCUGUCCACCUGCUUGAUCAGGACGUCAAACAUCACAGAAGGCAGGUCACUCCUCACGAGCUCCACGACGAUCUCCAUGUUCUCCUGCUGAGCAAGGUCUUGGUUGGCCUGGACCUUCCUGGCCAGACGUCAUAGUGGAAGACCUUCACCCGAAGAAGCACGAUCCCCCUAACGUUAAACAGGAGGAGUCAGAGAUGUCGUACAUCCAACAGGAGGCGGAGCCAGAGACCCCCAGCAUGAAAGAAGAACAGGAAG